CACGCUGCAGACGUGCUCAGCGAUGUGCGCGAUCUAAACGUCGCUAGUCUAGAACAUGCGAAGCAGAAAUUGAGCACCGUACUCGACGAAAGUCAUGGUAAUACUUACGCAACUUUUCUCAUUCAUGCUAUAUAAGUAGUGUUUAGACUGCUUCAACAUAAAGAGACCACCUAGUUUCAACCGAUUUUAAGUGAUGACUACUCAGUUUUUCGACGCCAAAAAACAUGGGGUAAGCUAAAGUACUUGUCUGAAAAAAUGUUACGUACAAGCCUGUUUUUGUUAAUUAUUUCCUCGUCUCCGUCAGACUUCCGCCACGACGCCGCUGGCCCUUCACUGCAAUUGCGAGACAAAUAUCGACUGGUUGCUCGUCCCGACACUGGCCUGGCGCAACUAAAAGGGA